AUGUCGCUCACCCCAAAGGAUGACCAGGAUCGUGCUGGCGCCAGCAGCAGUCAGGUACCACAGAAUGUCGAAGCAGGCCACGUUGAAGGUGCCGGCGACUUCCUGUCCGCAAGCACUCCGGUCCCUAAUCCAAGCAGAAGAGACGCCAAUGCACAGGGGUCUAGGCACAAUCGUGUGACAUCCUGGCUUGCCAAUGCCGACCUGAGCGAAGUGGCACAAAACAUUGUCCAAGACCCUGCAGCGACAGCUUCGAGGCAAAGCAUCGCCGAGCCAGGGCAAGUAAUAUUAGGCAGGGAGAAGAUCAGGCUCAGAGAAGAGCCAGACACCGUUCUCACCGCCACGAUGAUUGCGGACAAAGUGUGUUUUGAGGGGUUCGACGCUCCGAACCAGGCUGUCCUCGACUUGUUUCAUCCUCCCGGUUUCCAUGAGGAUGACCUCAUCACGGCUCUGGGAACGGCUAGCAUCCACAUCAUUGCUGCGUGCUAUCGGAUCCUUAGUGCUAAGCCAGCAGACGAGUCAGCAUCACGGUGGCCGGAUGAGUGGCAUCCCUUCGCCGUAGCCUCCUCAGAGCGUAUCAGGAAUGCCAGGCUGUGGAUGCUUCGGGAUCUCGUCGGGAUAUGCCUGGACAUUGCGGCCAAGGUGCGUGCGUGGGAGCAGAAGACAGAGCGCGAUGUUCUUGAAGCUGAGGCUGCUUUGAGACAAGAAAGGGAGGCCAAUCCACCGGACUUGAUAUCUGAUGUGACAGAUACCUCCGAAGGUAGUUCUUGA